AUGAUUCAUGGUUUGGAGCAGAGUUGUACUAAUCGUGGCCUUGGUGGCCUUUCCAGCCUAAUGAUGAUUCUUCAAAUUGCGCACACUCACUUCUGGGAUCCAGCAACCGGUAUGCAAAAGGCUCGAAAGCAAAUACAUGAUGAAUCAAAACCUACACAACGAGGAAAAAUUGAUUCGAUUGAACAACAAGACACUAGGGGUCAAGCUGGUUUUCUUUCCGAGACUAGCCCCCAGUUGGACUCUGCUAAUGCUGAGACUCAAGAUAUCUUUUUUCAAGAACCUGAAGAGCCGAAGCUGGUUUCAACUGUCAGUAAGUAUGCAAAUAUAUUUCUUAUAUAUAUAGCGAAGCGAAAGAAUGAUCCAAAAUUUAACUAA